AUGGAUCAAUACGGCUAUCAAAGAUGGCCCGCCCAGGGAAAUGGUGUUUACAGCAGAGGCGGCAGAGGAGAAAAUAGAGGAGGAUUUAGAGGCGGCAACAGAGGCGGAUAUGAUCAUAGUAUCUACGCCCAGCACGUCGAGCCAACAUUUCACCAGCAAAAGACAUUUCAGCAUCCUGCUCCACAACAGUUCUCUCCCUUCGCUCCUCAAACUUAUCAAACACAACCAGCUCCUCAUGCUAGAGUCGUGCCACUCACCCCUUCUGCAGCUCCGACCGCCAGUCGUUCCAUUCCAACCGCUCGUCCGUUCAAUCCUUCCACUGAGCCAGCUGCCAUAACUGUUGAGAAGUUUGAUAAGUGGGCCGCACACAUCAAGGAAGGUCUUGUUCGCAAUCAAGGUACUGCAAGCUCUCGGCUGCCAGUUAUUACACAUGCUGAGAGGGAGAAGAACAAACCAGAGGGACUCAGUAGUGGUGUUUGUGAGCCAGGAGUACUGAAUCGUGGCAUUGAUAGAGGCGAACUCGCACGACGCAUGAAGGUUGAACAAAAUACUCUUGCACGACACUCAGAUCAUACAAAGACUUCCAGUCCUGAGAAGCCCACUGUGUCAGAGAUACCGAAAAAUCUUAUCGCCGAGGUUCCUAGAUCAACCUCUGCCGGCAAGCAUACUAUACCGACUCCGCCGCCAACACCUAUCGAGAAAGCUUCCUCAAACAUCAAUAAACAAGUACAAAGCAAUGACCAGCUCCCAGCCCGCGAUGGCAAUGGUUUCAUUCUUGGAGAAGCGAAGCUCAACAGACGUCUGCUUCCCACAUUGACCUCUUCCGAACCAAUAGAGAACGACAUCAACCCCAAGACCGGCAAGAUUUUCACUGAAGAAGAAUGGGACCACCAGAUACGAGUUAGGGAUCAUCGCAGAUUGGAAAGAGCAGCUAAGCGAAAUCACCAUGCAAAAGCAAAGAACUCGAAAGUCAACGCACUACUGAAGGGUAAAGACGACCUACCAGCAGAAGAAAAGAUAGAAAUCUUGGUCAAGGCAUUCGAAGAAAAUCAAACCGCCCUUGGACAACUCCGUGAUAGUCAUGUCAAGCUCGCUGCUGAGAAGGACAAGUUGAAGACAAACAUGCAGAGAGCAAAUUCUGAUUCUAUCAACUACCGCAACGAUCUCGAGCAGGUCAAGGUGGAUCUUGAGAAUGAACGCAGAGACCAUCGAGCCGCUAUCCGGGAUGUCGAAAACAAAUUGGCAAAGAAGCAAAUGGAGGUCGACGCUGCAUUGAAGAAGCUGAAGAAUUCACAGGAGUGUUGUGCGGAGCAGAACGAGUUCAUCGCACAAACAUCCGAGGAUUUGCGUGUCGCUCAUGAACUAUAUGCAGAGCUUGAGAAGGCAUCGAGCCAGAACACUCAAGACAAUUUCAACCUCACUCAGGAGAUUGAUAACCUCAUUCUUCAAAAUAGAAGUGCUGAGAAACAGCUCAACAGGCGAGUCGAGGAACUUGGCUUAGCCAAUAUCCGCACAUCCGGGCUGGAGUCAAAGAUUUCUGACCAGUCAGAGCAAUUGCAGGCCGUUGGGGAAGCCCUCGAAGGACUUCGACGAGAGGUCAAGCAUAAGACCGAUGCGUUCAAACCUAAUAGACCAGACACAGUCAAGGCUGAUUUCGUCUCAGAUAACGACGAUAUUCUUGACGUUAUUGAAGAUUACGUAUUGCCGGAUCCAGACAUCACUUUCAAUGAAAAAGCUUUGACAGUGACGGAUAGUGAAAUUAUCAUCGGCGAUAUCACUUCCAAUACAGCCAUUGAUGGCAAAAUCGUCAAGAGUGAAGAAUCAACCUAUCCUACAUCUCCCUCCACCAACAAUUGUUUUCUCUCGGUUAUGGGCGUCCUCUUGGUCUCCUUGUUCUUGACAGGGAUCUCCGGUUUCUAUGGAGCCAAACCUUCAGCAGUCAACAUGGCACCAAAUUUCAAUGCCACCUAUCAACAACUCGUAUUCACAGCUACCAUGUGUUCUCCUCUCGAAGCGCCCAGCGCGUUCGCUGUUACGCCGAUUCCAACGUCAACCAUCGCAACUUACACCUCUGCCAUCCCGGAUAAUUUCUUCGCUCCCUUCGAGCUGGUCAUCGAAGUUCCCGACAAUACGUCUUUCGUAGAAGAAGAAGAGAGCAAGAAUAAGUGGACCGAGAAAGGUAUCUGUCAGUAUGAAGAGUUCCCAAAAGUACGAAAGGCGAUAUUCACAGCUGUGCUUGCUGCUGGGAUUCAUGGUAUCGUAUUGCUCAGUCCCAUUCUGGGGCCUUGA